AUGGCUCGGCUUCCUCCUGGGAUUCGCUUUAUCACUUCAUUUUCACGAGAUCAGUGGUAUAGAGCCUUCAUUUUUGCUCUCACUUUCUUGUUGUAUGCCAGCUUCCAUUUAUCAAGGAAACCUAUUAGUAUAGUUAAGGGGGAGCUGCAUAAGCAUUGUGCUGCUUCACAUGAAGUUGAACUCAGCUCCUACAAAGAAGAUGCUGCCCAGAUUCAGCCUGUCAAAAAAACAUCUAACAUGUCUCAGUGUGGUUGGGAGCCAUUUGAUAAGAACAACUACAAACAGUUACUAGGAGCGCUGGAUUAUUCAUUUCUAUGUGCAUAUGCAGUUGGAAUGUAUUUAAGUGGAAUUAUAGGAGAACGGCUCCCUAUCCGGUACUAUCUGACAGUUGGGAUGCUUGCUAGCGGACUCUUCACUGCAAUGUUUGGACUGGGUUAUUUCUAUAAUGUACACAAUCUGUGGUUUUACAUAGUGGCUCAGAUAGCUAAUGGGUUGGUGCAAACUACUGGCUGGCCGAGUGUCGUUACAUGUAUUGGCAACUGGUUUGGAAAAGGAAGGAGAGGUUUGAUUAUGGGAAUCUGGAAUUCACACACUUCAGUGGGAAAUAUCUUGGGAUCCUUAAUUGCUGCUUACUGGGUGUCUGCAUGCUGGGGUCUCUCCUUCGUGGUGCCUGGUGUGAUCAUUGCUGUGAUGGGGAUUGUUUGUUUCCUGUUUCUUAUUGAACAUCCUAAAGAUAUAAGUUGUUCCUGCAAACCAUCCAGUAUUUCUAAAACCGUCCUGAAUGGUGCAUCUCGAUUCAGAGUCCAGAUGCCGACCUUAAAUGCUAAGGAAACCAGCAAGCCCCAGGAUCCAGAGAUGCAGCAUUUACUGACUGACAGUGAAAACUGCAGUGUGUCACUGAACUCCAGCACUGUUGCAGGCACUGGGGAGGGCAGACAUGGGACAUCAGCUAUCAGCUUCCUUGGAGCCUUGCGAAUACCUGGAGUCAUAGAGUUCUCCCUUUGUCUUCUGUUUGCAAAGCUGGUGAGCUAUACUUUCCUCUUCUGGCUUCCUCUCUAUAUCACAAAUGUGGAACAUCUUGAUGCCAAAAGAGCUGGGGACCUUUCUACACUGUUUGAUGUGGGUGGAAUCUUUGGUGGAAUUUUGGCAGGCCUGAUUUCUGACAGGCUGGAGAAGAGGGCGUCAACCUGUGGAAUGAUGUUACUGCUUGCAGCACCCACAUUGUACAUGUUCUCUGCAAUCAGUAAAAUGGGCCUUGAGGCUACUGUAUUGAUGCUGCUUAUCAGUGGUGCCCUGGUGAAUGGCCCAUAUGCACUGAUCACCACUGCUGUCUCUGCUGACUUGGGUACCCAUAAAAGCCUGAAAGGGAAUGCAAGAGCCUUGUCCACAGUGACAGCGAUCAUUGACGGAACGGGAUCUGUAGGUGCAGCUUUGGGGCCUCUCUUAGCUGGUCUUAUUUCCCCAUCUGGUUGGAACAACGUGUUUUACAUGCUCAUGGUGGCAGAUGCGUGUGCCUUGCUAUUCUUACUCCGUCUUAUUGAGAAGGAGCUUCGGUGUUACACAGAUCGUACCCUGUAA